AAUAAAUAACUUCCGACGUUAUCGUUUCACUAAUAAGUUAUAUUCAGUGGUGUUGGGUUCUGUUUUCUUUCUGCUUCUUGCCAUUCUCUGACUCGCAGGAGCGAUUUGUUAACGGACGGAGUUUUUCAACAUGCCCACCUGUACGUUGGGAUACUGGGAUAUCCGUGGUCUAGCAGAACCAAUCCGAUACUUGUUGCACUAUAAGAAAGUGAGUUUUGAAGAUAAAAGGUAUCUGACUUAUGAUUCGUGGCAGAACGACAAAUUUCAACUGAAUUUAGAUUUUCCUAAUUUGCCCUACUACAUUGAUGAAAAUGUCAAACUGACGCAAAGCACAGCCAUCUUACGUUAUCUGGCUCGCAAGCAUGAGUUGGAUGGUAUAACCGAAGAAGAAAAAGUGCGCGCCACGUUGGCCGAGCAACAAAUAAUCGAUUUCCGUACUAGUAUGAUCCGUACAUGUUAUAACUCUGAAUUUGAGAAAAUAAAACCCGAAUUUGUAAAAAAUGUUCCAGCUCAACUAAGGCUCUUCGUAGCAUUCCUAGGAGACAUAGACUUUUUGGCUGGAGACAAUGUAACCUAUGUAGACUUUAUGGCUUAUGAGACUUUUGACUUUUACCGUCUGCUUAUUCCAUCUGUUCUCAAUGGCUUUCCUAGUCUCAAGGCUUACCAAGAUAGAAUAGAAAAUUUACCAGAAUUGCAAGAUUACUUCCAUUCUUCUACCUAUAAACGAUGGCCAAUUUUUGGCCCUGUGGCCCAUUUCGGUGGCAAAGGAAUAGAACCUAAACGAGUUUAGUGAUAUUUUGUGUGAAAAAGAAUUUAAUUUAUCUAAAGAUUAUUUAUUUAUAUAUAACAUGUUUUUUCUGAUGUUUUUAAAUAUUUUAAACGUUUCUGUUUUGACAAUUAUUCUAUUUGUAUUGAUGAAUGCAUGUUUCAAUCUCUAUGACGAAAAAUAUGCACAUUAAAAUGCCCAUAAAUUAUGUAUUACUUGAUACGAUAAAUAUAUUUCAUAUUGUUGACCAAGUA